AUGGGACGCACGAAGCGCCCGGACGGCUCCCAAACACCCCGGAGCAACCCUACAGGCUCCCAGGCAGGCCCCAUGGAUGAAUACCUGCAGACUCCGGCAGCCGCAUCCCGCGAGCAGGCGGGCGCAACAAUGGCCGACUCGCCGCACCACGUGCUACCCCCAGAGACAGCCGGUCCCACACUAACAGAUAUCAGCGCGGAUAUCAGAGCGCUGGCAGCCCAAAUGGUCACGAAAACGGACCUCCAAACGCUAUCAGAUGACCUGCACGCGGCGAUCCGCCUAGAGGUAACAGCCCUGAGGGCUGAAAUGACUACACACAACGGCAGGCUCCAAACACUAGAGGGGAAUAUGCAGGAGACUAUGGGGAGGACGGGAACCACAACCACAGCGGUCACCAGACAGGGAAAUAUGUUACUAGCCCUACGACGGCAAACAGAAGAUCUGGACAAUAGAGGCCGCCGAUCAAACAUCCGAGUGCGCGGCCUACCCGAACCGCAGGCGGAUGAAGAUAUUGAGGCCACGCUGAAGGCCCUCUUCCAGACCAUCUUAGGGGAAGACUUACCUGCUGACCUAACGUUUGACAGGGCUCACAGGGCAAACAGGCCCAGGAUACCGGAUGGCACACCACGAGACGCCAUAUGCUGCCUCCACCACUAUAAGCACAAGGAACGAAUAAUGCAGAAAGCCCGCACGAGACCGCUAUGGAGAUUCCGUGGAGCUGAUGUGGCCUUGUUCCAAGAUCUGUCACCGCUCACGCUAGAAGCGCGCAGGGCCCUACGUCCCGUCACAACCCUCCUCAGAGAGAGAAAUAUCCCCUACAAGUGGGGAUUCCCCUUUGCCCUACUCGCAAGACACCAGAACGAAUGGAUACCCCUACGCUGGCCGGAGGAAAGCCCGGGAUUUCUACACCGCCUGGAACUACCGCCCACGGAGAUAACGGACUGGGUCCUCGGACCGCUAGAGCCACGGCCAAGACCUCCAACACCAAGACCUCAGCGCCGCCGCAGAGGGGACUCACCGAGGCGGCCAACAGCACGCAGACAACUGGAUCCUGCAGAACCGGAAGAAUAACAGCAGAGGAGCACACCCACCCCAACUAGGAUGACCCCCCCACCCUCCUCACGAGAUAGACUGCUGCGGGCCCCAUGAGAUUGCAGACUAUACCGACACCGGAGGCAGGAAGUGAUCCCCAGUACCCAGAUAAGUACUACGCUAUUUGCCGCGCACAUACGGAACCUGAGACUAAAUGUCGGGGAAUACCGCACUUAAUAUGGGGCUACCGGGAU